GAAUCCCUGCUGUUGUAUGUUUUUUAUUCUUUUAAUGAUUUGUAAUUUUUUUUCUAUCUGUUAGUCAAUUCUCUUGCCAUAUGUCUAUCCAAUCUAGAGGGGAUUGAAUACAUUACCCUUGCACUAAACCUAUUCUACAUAUUCCUAGAAACACAUACAUCGCUGAGAAACUAACAAGUCUACAACCACUGAGCUGAGAUAGUAUUGUCUAGGACAGGUUUAUUAGGGUUAGAUAUAUUCUGGGACACCCACAAUGUAAGUGAAUUAUACAGUCUAUGGGUGUUGGCCUGAGCACAGUUACCCAGCAGCUUUUUUUCUUUUUUGUUUUGUUUUUUGAUUGCGAAGGUGAUAGUUGUGAUGUUGGGGACAGUGUAUCAUGUAGAGGGUGUUACUUUACUCACCAAUGUGUCUCUAAAAGAAGAUGGGCUCUGGCUCUAGGGGGUGUGCCAUACUGGAUACAUAAAUUAACAGUUAAUCUUACUGGCGGUUUAACUGCCCCGGGCUAGAGGUGUGAAUCUAUUCUUGUGCUCAAGGUCGGCUUCAGAAGGCCCAUAUAUAUAGGUGAUAUAUGGGGGGCCGGCGCGGUGGGUGAUUACGUAGGUUACUAUGGCGUAACCGACCUCCUCCCAAAUAUGUCGGAAUACCCUGGGGGGCGCCAUAAAAAUGUGCAUAUCUCAAUAUACAUAUCCACGCGUUGAGACAG